CAGCCACACCAAAUCCGUAAACUUAGUGAGUAAUACAUAAGAAAAAGCUCCAUUUAAAAAUAGUUAAUAAAAUCUAAUAUUGCUAUAUAUGUGAUUUUCUGUAUUUUUUCUCUUUAUUCAACUUAUAACUAAUAUUAAUGUAUAUAGUUUCGAUCGGCGCACCACGUAGUUUUUCACCACCGGCGGACCAAUGUUGCUAGAUAGCAAAAGGCGACGAACUAAGAGACCACUCGUAAAGUUUAUUAGUUAGUCUUUUAUUCGUGAUUUUGAACAUUCUUGGCUGAUGACACCACAAUUGAUGAUGUGUGCAUAAAGGUUGAGUUGUACAAGCAAAAUAUUUCACGUUAAAUUUCUCGAGACUUAGUCUUUGUUGUUGUUUAUGCAAAUAACGUUAGUCGUAUCAUAGUAUAAUUAAGGAUAUGUCAGUUCGCAAACGUUUUCCAUUUUCCCUUAGUUGUAGGAAUCAUGAUUGAUUUCAGUUCUCAGCUGUAUUGUUCUAUUAACUGAAUCAAAAACCAAAAAGAAAAAUCAGACAUCAUACAAUUUCCCUAAUUUUUGUGUCAGAAACAAAGCUCCCCCACUCAACAGGUCUUCUUGUGUGUUUAUUGGAAAGUCAUGGGACUUAGUCGCGUUCAAUGAAUCCCAUCGUAAAUGAAGGACAAUGACAUAACAAGUUCACGAAUUGUAAAAGAUUAAGUACAUGUUUGUCUGUAUCCAUGACUCUUCUUCAGGUCAGGCUAUAUGUUUCCCACACGCUACCUGCUCAUUAUAUAUACACCUUAUGAGUUAUGUUGUCAUUUAUACUUGGUACAAAACCACAUAUUACAUAACAGAAUAAAUUUCACCUACGACACCACCAUCAAGACAGAAUAAAAUGAAGGGAAAUUUGUGGUUGGUUGCUUUGUUUUUGGUUCUCUCUUUGGUGAUUUCAUUUUAUGCAGCUUCAACUCAGCCGUACCAAUUCCGCAAACUUUUGAAUAUAGAAGCAUCACCUAGUAAGUCAGGAUCUGCGGGCCGUCACUAAAGCUGUUAGCAAGGCGAAAGCAGUGGGAGAUGCAGCAUGAGAGCUGCCGUCGUGGAUGUUGGAUUGACAUGUAUGCGCAUUUAGAUGUAUGAAGAGUUUCAAUUGAACUCUUCAUACCCAAAGUAUAUAAGGAUUAGUAAAUUACAUGUUGUUUGGUCAAAUGUUUGAAAGUUGAAGUCUAACUGUGAAAGCAGAGGAUGAAAACUCCAUUUAAUAACUUUUGAUCAGCUCCAAAAGCUGCGUAAUUUCCUUACUGCAUAAUCCUGUAGUACUUAUUUAUUUUGGUCAUGGAACAUGCAAGUCUAUAUCUAACAAAAACAAAAAUGGAGAAAAGGUGUUAGUCAGUUCAACGAAAAAAAAUUGAGAAAAUGGUGCCUAAUUUUUUUUUGAAACUAACCAUAUGUUUCAUUGGGAUGGAGGAUUUAUGCAUAUAGAUUAAACAUGACACCCUGUAGUCUAAUUUGACUUCGUUAAACUAAACAACCUCGCAUAACUUGAUCGAUAAAAGAAAAGGUCCAAAUGAUUAUUAAACUUUAUGUUAAUUGGUACAUUACUUCUGAGAAGCAUCAUUCAUUGUAAAUGAUUGACAGCUCCACCGCAACAGAUUUCUCUUUCUAUAUUAUAAGGCCAGCAUCAAGCGUUCUUUCAAAAUAAAAGAGAUGAAUUGGAAGUUAGGUUUGCUAAUUGGUUUGAUGCUCCUCUUGUCUAUUACACUAAACCCAACUUUGGCCAGAGUAACUUACUCAUCUCGCACGACAA